AUGGAAGGAGAGCGGAGGGAGGGGGCACUGCUGGCGGUGGCGGCACUGCUUCUGGCGCUGGUGCUGCUCGGAGGACCACCAGCCCUGGCCGAGGAAGAGGGGCUCGCUGCCGUCUCUCUACCCUCGGCCCUGGACGACUUUGGGGUGACGCAACUAGAGGCCGUGCCAGGCGGUGCUGAGGCGUAUGUGCUGCCGGAUGUGGUCACUGAAGGGCUGCCAGCGAUGGACGCAGUGACCAACCUCCGCUAUGAGGAGGAAGUCGAGGCCUUGAGGUCCGCGGCCAUGGCAGGAGAUCAGCCUUCCUCGCUGGUGUCGAGGAACUCGCUGGAGAGCGGCCACGACACGAGCUUUGCGAGCCUUGCCGCGGUUGAGCCACUGGUCUACUCUCCUCUCAUCGACGAGACUCUGGUCACGCCCGGGGAGGCUGUCGACUGCGCUGCUCUUCCACAAUCUUCGCCAACGUCUACUGCAACCAUCGACGCUGAGAAGGAAGAGCCACAGCCACCCGGCAGCCUGGCGACGGAUACACUCGCCAGCGGCGGAGCUCCUGAAUCGCAAGAGAACGCGAUCCUUGCUCCCACCGAGAGCAUGACUGUAGGGAUUCCAGAGAGAUUGUCGCUGGAGCCGACGCCGGAUCUGCCGCACCAGGUUGGAGAGCUCUCGGAAGGAGGCGCGGACGUCGUUCUGGACGACGAUCUGCUCGCCACGCCGGAGAAGGCCGCAUCCCCCUGGCCCCUGCCCUCCGAUUCAGAUCUCAGCCAAUCCGGUGAGCUGGAGGCUGAACAGGCUCCCGCCGAAGAAGAAGAAGUAGAAGAAGCAUUAGGAGAGGCUGCAGCUGGCAGCUUCGAAUCCGCUGCGCCAACCACCGAGGACGCCAAGUACGAGGUCGAGACGUCGAGUGUGGAGCGGGCAUCAGAAGCAGCGGAAGGUCGCGACAUCGACGCUGAGGGAGUGAUCGGCGGGGAGGCCAACGGAGAUAACGAGACCGAGGGCGAGGACGCGCUCGACGGCAUUGAGGGCGCUGACAUUGCCGAGCGAGAAGGAGCAGCUGACCGAGUGGCCGAUGCCCAGCAGGCAGCUUUCGAGGCAGUCACGUCGGCCCCAGAAGUGGUGGUCACCGACCACACAGGGGCUGAGCUGAUGUCCGAAUCCGGGCGGCUCGAAUCGCCACGGGAGAGGCCCAACGAGAGCGAUGCGGGGCAAGGAGAAGGGUUGGUGCCUAGGCUCGAUCUCUACAAGGACGCAGAGGAGGUGCGGCCCACGGCGAGCGGUGGCGAGUUCGUUACGCCCCAGGAAGUGGCCGAAGACGAGGGGAAGGUGGUGGAGGAGGAAGAGCUGCAGAAGAAGCUCAGACAGGAGAGCCUGAUGGCGGCGAGGAAGAAGCGAUUACGGGAGCAGGCCGUCAACCAAACGGCGGAAGAGGAGGAACGGGCCAGGGAGGUGGUUAGGCGGAAGCUGGAGAGCCUCCUUCAGCGCGACCAGACGCAGCGACCAUCGGAGCCCCCACCCAGCGGAGCGUCAGUGCCAGAAGGUAGUGGCGUCAAGCCUACGGCGUUCCGCUCCGCUACGGUGGGUCGGGUGAGCGAUGGAGCGAAGGCUCCCGCUCGCGCGGCUGUCGGUACGGAGAAGCUCGACGCCCCUAAGCAAUCCCACGAGAUCAGGUGGUCUCCAGCCGUGGGCAUUGCUUCGCCCUCGGCGUCCACCACGGGGAAGAAGAGCAUCACCAGGUCUUCAUCGGCCGUCGUGUCGCCGUCGCAUCCGGCUUCGGCUCCCGGGCUUUCGAAGGCCACCCCAACUCUUCCCUCACACUUCGCUGGUGAGACCAGAGCCGGCCAGAUACCCAGCGACGCAGGGCUCAGGAUAGCCGGGCACAUGCACGUGGCCGAGAGUCCCUCAGAUGAGGGCAAAGACGACCUGGACGACGAAGACGAGUACGAAGACGGCGACGGGCUGUUCGAUAACGGCGGCGACGACGACGAGCUGGCGGCUCUGGCGGGCUCAGCACCGCAGCAGCUAUCGCGGCCGGCGAAGGACCAGGGCGCCGAGGCCCCAGCACACGCCGAAGCUGGGUCGUCCAACGACUUGGCGGACAAGGCCCGCAAGCUGGUCGAGCGCAAGAUCCUGCUCAAGAUGGCCAAGGAGGUCUCGGGCAUCAGCCACUCGGUGAGCGAAGGUUCCGAGUUGAAGGCCUGGAAGCGGCGGGCGAAGCUGAAGAAUAUGGAGAGCCGGCGGAAGCAGGACGUGCCGACCUACGACAUCACUAACGCCGCGGCUCGACGAAGGGAGCUGGAGCGAGUAAAGAAGGAGAAGCAGAAGAACAAGGGUAGCCUCCGCUACAAGAAGCCUGUCUGA